AUGGAAGUUGUUGAGACUAGUGGAGAAGAAACUGUUUCUUCUGCAGAGCCUUCCAACAUACUUAGUAUUACAUCAAUUUAUGAUGAUGAAGAAGUUGUGGGCUUUGAGAAAGAUGCAGAAAGUAUAAUGCGGAAAUUGACACGAGGAACAAAGAAGCUGGACGUUAUAUCUAUCUUUGGAAUGCCGGGACUCGGCAAAACAACUUUGGCCAGGAAAGUGUACAACAUUCCCUCUAUUGUUAAUCACUUUGAUGUUAAAGUAUGGUGUUCUGUUUCUCAAGAAUAUGAUAGGAGAAUGUUGUUGGGUGAAAUCCUUAAACAAACAACAAGUAAGAGCGACAUCAUUGAGCCUGAUGAUAGACCUGACAUUUUGCGCAAGAGUCUGAUAGGCAGGAGAUACCUCAUUGUAUUAGAUGAUAUUUGGGAUGUCAAGCCAUGGGAAGAUUUGGGUUUAUGUUUCCCUAAGGGUGAAAAUGGAAGUAGGGUAAUGGUAACAACUCGAAUUGAACUAGUGGCUAAGCAUCUUCAGCACCACAGUGAUCCUUAUCCUCUUAGAUUUCUAACACGGGCCGAGAGUUGGGAAUUGUUGCAGAAAAAGGUAUUUCGAGGAGAGAGUUGUCCACCGAAUCUGAUGUCAACAGCGCUACUAGUUGCCCAACAUUGUAAGGGAUUGCCUCUUGUCAUUGUCCUAGUUGCUGGCCGAAUUAUUGGGGAAAAGGAAAGGGAGGCGUCCAGCUUGUGGUUAGAGGUUGCAAAUGACUUAAAUUCUUAUGUUUUAGGAGAACAGAGCAUGAAGGUGAUACAGUCAAGUUAUGACCAUUUAGAAGACCACUUAAAGACUUGCCUUCUUUACAUGGCAUUGUUUCCGGAAGACCAUAAGAUUCUAGUGUCUAAUUUGUUGAAGUUGUGGAUGGCUGAAGAAUUUGUACUGAAUGUCGACACAGAGAAUAUGGAGGAAGUAUCUAGAAUUUGCUUGAAUAAUCUACUUAACAGAAGCCUAGUUAUGGUCUCUAAGAGGAGUGCUAAUGGUGACAUAACAUACUGCAUACUUCAUGAUGUAGUGCGUGAGUUUUGCUUGAGAAAACUCACAGAAGACAAGUAUAUGCGGCUCGCAGUGCCAUACAAUCCGUAUCAACAUUUGCAUUCCAUGGAAUCACGGUUAUGCAUUUAUAUUCAUGAUGAUCUUGUUGAACAAUUAGAUCAUACUGGAAUAAAAAAAAAAAAACAAUUAGAUCAUUCCAACCAUCAGCUGGAUAAGAUUCCAAUGCUCGAUUUCAAGGAAACAAAUUCCUUGGAGUUCAUUGCUCAUCCAAAACUCAAUACGUGGAGUUUACAUUUACUUGUCAAAUUCAGAUCUGUCCUGGCACUGCAUUUGAUGGAUGUGGAAUUGCCAAAUUCAUGGAUUGCUGCAAUGCAAGCGCUAACUCAGUUGAGGUACCUUGCACUUUGUGUCAACCAACUUGAAUUGAAGUGGAUAUCACACCUACACAAUCUCCAAACUCUACAGGUCCUGUCCAGCAAGAAGUUACACCUAAAGGUUGCUACUUUAGGGGAAAUGACGAAGCUAAGGCAUGUGAAUGUAGUCUGUUAUUCCGUGGUAUGGGAAGACAAUGAUGAAGGAAAUUUUGAAGAAUCUUCAACAACUAUGCUAGAGAAUAUGAAGACUUUCCACACUUGCCAUAUUUUGUUGGAUAAUAGGAAUUCAAGGUUGUGGUGGAGGUUUCCGAAUCUUAAAGAACUCAGCCUCCAGGUUAAAUGUGUACCUAAGUUUCCUUUGUUUCCCAUCCCGGAAGUGCAUACUCAACUUCAUACUCUUUCUGUUGAGUUAGGUUUAAUUAAAUUCUGGAAUUCAGUUGCAUGGGAGAGGUAUUAUGUCUUCCCCUCAAAGCUUAGGGAGCUGCACCUUUCUGGCUGUUUGUUGACGGAAGAAAUGGUUUUAAACAUUGCAAGAUUGAAGAAGCUUGAGAGUCUCAAAUUAGUGUUGGGAAUUCCUUUGGGGAGAUCACAGAGCUAUUGUUGGGACGUCAGAAAUGUCGAGUUCCCUGCACUCAAAUACUUGACAUUACUCAGUGUGCUAGUAGAUGAGUGGAAAGCUUCAGAGGAAUCCUUUCCCGUGCUUGAGGUGCUAUCUAUAAUAGCUGGUUUUGAAUUCCAGGAGAUCCCCCCUAGCUUUGCGGAUAUUCUAACCCUAAGACGUAUUGAACUGACUAACUGCAUGGAGUCUCUAGGGGUUUCAGCUAUGAAUAUCAAAAGAGAAUUUGAAGAAAACACUGGAUGUGACAGUCUCCAAGUUGUUAUAAAAGUGGAGUAG